UCUGAGCCACCGUUAAACGCCACCUAUCGUUGAAAAUUGUUAGCCAUAUUUGUCAAAAUAAGUCCAAUUCAUCUACAAAUAUUUGAAAAACAAUUAAAUAUAAGUCGAUAUAAAUAGCCAUCGCCAUAUAUUUUAAUAUGAAAACAUUCUCAACUGUCCAGGGGACAGGAUAUGGAAUACAGAAGUGUCGUGUAUAACGCAGCCCGUGACGGUAAAUUAAACCGUUUGAAAAUUUUCCUUGAUCACAAAUCAAAAGAUGUCGUACGCCAGUUGGUCCAGGCAACGACAAAUGGGGCCACACCAUUGAUUAUGGCGGCCAGAAAUGGCCAUUUUGACGUGGCGAAGUAUUUGAUAGAACAGUGUGAAGCAGAUUUAGAGCAAGUUGGAUCAGUGACAUUUGAUGGUGAAACUAUUGAAGGUGCUCCGCCUUUAUGGUGUGCAGCUGCAGCGGGCUAUCUCAAUAUUGUGGAAUUUCUAGUGACAAGAACAGCAUCGGUUAAUAAAACAACAUUAACUAAUUCGACUCCACUGAGAGCAGCAUCCUUUGACGGACAUUUUGACAUUGUAAAGUUUCUUGUAGAAAAUGGUGCAGACAUUGAAAUUGCAAACAGGCACGGCCAUACUUGUCUGAUGAUAGCUUGCUAUAAAGGUCAUCAUGACAUUGCUCGAUACCUUCUUCAAAAGGGAGCAGAUGUUAACCGGAAGAGUGUUAAAGGUAACACUGCCCUGCAUGAUUGUGCUGAAUCAGGGAGUCUUGAUAUAAUGAAGCUCUUGCUUGAGUACAAUGCACAAAUGGAAAAAGAUGCGUAUGGGAUGUCACCGUUACUAGCUGCAGCAGUGGCCGGAUAUGCAACCAUUGUUGAAUUUCUUAUAGAGAGAAAUGAAUGUACAAGGGAAGAGAAAAUAGAUGCCCUAGAACUUCUUGGUGCUACAUAUGUCGAUAAAAAACGAGAUAUGCUCGGAGCUAUUCUCUUCUGGAGACAAGCAAUGGAGGAAAGAUUUGCGGAUGAGUUCCAUGCAGUUUUAAAACCUGAAAGAACUUCAAGUAUCGCAGCUUAUGAGAAUUCAAAGGAAGUGGUUUCUAUAGAUCAACUUGAUGAGUUAAUUUCUGACCCAGAUGACAUGAGGAUGCAGGCAUUACUUGUAAGGGAGAGAAUUCUUGGACCCGCUCAUCCUGACACUUCAUAUUAUAUCAGGUAUAGAGGGGCUCUGUAUGCGGACAUGGGCAAUUUUGAUCGCUGUAUUCAGUUAUGGACGUAUGCGCUCGAUAUGCAGCAAAAUGUACUUGAACCACUGAGUCCGAUGACCCAGAGCAGUUUCUUAUCCUUCGCAGAGUUAUUCUCUUUUAUGACAACUGAAUGGAGGAAUCGUCCUGCGCAUCCAGUUCCUUUUAAAGAUAUUAUGGCUGUUUUAUUAAAAGCUGUAUGUGAGCUUGAACGCGGGCAAAAACAUUUGACGACAAUGGAAGCAUCGGAAAGAGAUACAACCAGUGUGAACCGGCUACUUGUGAUAAUAAUGCAUAUAAUAUGUUUGAUGUGUAGAUUAAAGAGAAGUCUAGACAAGCAAGAAGAAGAGAAAUUUAAAAAGACUGCAUACAAUUUAAUCAAGAUGAAACCGACUAGUGCCAAAGGUCAGUCCCCGUUACAUCUUGCAUGUUCAAAAGACACUACAAAUGUAGGCCGGUACCCGGUCUGUUCAUUUCCAUCUCUUUCAGUGAUAGGACUUUUACUCGAAGUAGGCUGUGAUGUAAAUGCAGUAGAUGCAGAAAAGAACACUCCGUUGCACGUAGCUGCAGCGAAUAAACCAUGUAAAGCCGAAGUGUUUGCUCUGCUUCUAAAGCAUGGCGCUCAUAUAGAUGCUUGUAAUGGAGAUAGAAAAACCCCUAUGCAACUUAUUCGAGGAACAACUAUAUAUGACAUAGCUUCUCCUCUGGAAUACACAACCCUGCAAUGCUUGGCUGCCAGAAAAAUCGUGAAGUGUGCUAUCCCAUAUCAAGGAUUCAUUCCAAAAAGACUCGAACAGUUUGUGGAGAUGCACUGAUCAGUUUAACAAGACUAUGGAUGUACACAAUGUCUUUCUUUUACAUUACAGUUUCGAUUGCAGUCCUUUUAUAUAUACAUGUAUAUUAUAAGGGUGCAGUAGUAACAUAAAUAUGUAUUUGGCUUUAUAUCAUCUUAAAACUUAGUAUUAUUUAAUUGAUUAGCAAAUCAUUAAUCAUGAUACUGUAUUACUACACGAUAUUGUCUAUUAAGUUAAGUCACAUAUUGAGACAUAAGUGUUUUAAAGUACCAACUCAUAUGAGUCUUCGAUUUCAUGUAGAGUUAUGAUUAUCCAGAUAUCCUGAAUUUUCAGAAAUUAUCAGAUAAAUAAAAGAAAUGAAAUGAAAUGUGAAUACAGAAUAGAUUUAUUUUAUUGUUUCAACAUCUUUUUUUUCAUGUAUCGUAAAAAUUAUAAUUGACAGGUCUGAAUUUCAUUUUCAAAUAAGUGAUGUGAAGCUAAGUAGAAAUUUUCUAAAAAGCAAAAUAGCCACAUACAGUAUAUUUUUGUAUUUGUGUAAAAGAAUGAAUGUUAUUGUUACAAAUAGAAAUUUAAUUUCUCAAAAAAUGUAUAUAUAUUCCUCCACCCAGCCCCAAUCCCAACAGGAAAACAUACUUCUCAGCUGCCACUGUUUUUUCAACCUUACAUGUACAUUUCCCUAAAUUUGGAGGUAUUUAUUUAGUUUUGAAAGGCUUGACUGGCGAAAACAACAGGUGUGUAUUGAAUUGUCUUUCUUCUGCACUUUGCUUGAUCAAAAUUCUACCUCUUUCAAUGUCUGCCUGAUUAUAACAAAGAACUGGUUUAGUACAAAUUGUCCUCGUUUGCAAGUUAGAAAAUGCUUUAAAAUAAUUCUCUUAUCUUAUAAAUGCAAUGCACGGUAGGUUUGAUUUUCUGUUAAUUUAUGAUACAUGUAGAUUUUCAUACAGAUUUUGUGGCCAGGUCAUUAUUUUAUUUUAUGUUAUAUGAUUAGCCAUAUAAAUUAUCAUUUCUUCAUGUACAAAUUGUGAUUAUCUUAUACUAAAUGAACAUUGGACUUAGUAAAUGUACAUCAUCUACAUGCAUGUAUGUAACGUUUUAGAAAUGUUUGAUAAAAUACACAUGUAAUAAUCAUGGGCAAACUUUUUCAUUUUUUUAUUCCCCAGAAGUUCAUGAUUUGAAUACUUAUAAAAACCAUCUCUUUAUAUAUUUAGAACUGAUAUUCAGAUAAAAAAAUUUAAUUAAAGGAGCUCUACUGAGGAAAAAAAAGCCAAAAAACAUAAAAUUUGAAAUUGUUAUGUAGAUCAACUAUUGCAUUUGAAUCUGAAAAAUCUGCAAAAAGAAAAAUACUCAGAUUUAAAUUAAAAAUAGAUCUGUAGGAUGAUACUUAGCUGGGUUUGAGUGAAAAACGUUGCAACACUUUUCAAUUUGUGUUCAUUUUGCACGAUAAAAGUGAUUAUUUUGGGAAACAGAGUGAGGGAAUGAUCUGAAUUUUCACACAAGUUAUUAGCCCAGACAUACAUCAAGGGUACAAGAGCCUUGAAAAAAUAUUUUCAUUUCCUCUCAUGUCAAAAAAAACCUCGGUGGAGUCCCAUUUUGAUUAAGUUUUCAUGAUUUUUUUUUACCUUCUUUUCACUUUUACCCAUGAUUGUUAUAUGCAGUAGCAUAUGUAUGGGAAUUAUAACAUCUGAUAAAUAUGGAAGAGAGUGGUCACAGAAUCAUUAUUUUUUUCAUGCAAGAAAUGAGUGCGAGACAUUUUAUUUCAUUGAUUGAUACCGUCAUGUAAAAUUUCAUUUUCAGAUCAAUUUAACACUUAAAACUAAAACUUAAAGCUGCAUACUCCCAGAUCAGUGCAUACAGUUUUUGAAAAAUUCAUUCUUGACUAAAGAUAUGCAAGUAUCAUAAUCCACAUAAUUUAUGUAAUGCUAUAUAAUGGCAAUUAGAUUCUACUGAAAUUACAAUUUUUAUCAGUAUAUUGAUUCUCUGUUCAUAUUCAGUUGGAGGUGGUGGACGAUCUUUGGCUGAUUGGUUAAGGUCGUUGAAUUCAAACCACUUCCCCCUCACUGCUGUAGGUUUGAGCUGUACAAUGUUGGUGCAAUGUAAAACCCAACCAA